AUGUCAGGUGGUGCAAAACAUCACUCCUAUAUUUUCCUGAUGCAAACUCACAUAGAAAUAUGCAAUCCAGGCAUUGGUACAAAUAUAUUUUACAAACUGCUGUAUGACAAGCCGCAGAUGAUCAUGUUGUUAUCAGGGUGUAGCAGUGUAUCUACACCAGUUGCUGAGGCAGCCAGACUUUGGAAUCUCAUUGUUGUAUCAUAUGGAUCCAGCUCACCAGCUCUAUCGAAUCGUAAGCGAUUUCCAACAUUUUUCAGAACACAUCCAUCAGCUACACUCAACAACCCUGCUCGAAUAAAAAUGUGUCAAGAAUUUGGUUGGAAAAAAAUUGCAGUUCUUCAAGAAACUCAAGAGGUCUUCACUUCGACAAUUGAAGAUUUGGAAAAAAGAGCCAAAAAAGCAAAUAUUGAAAUAGUUAGUCGUCAAAGUUUUUUGACGGAUCCUGACAACGCUGUUGGAGAUCUUCUGCGAGAAGAUGCAAGAAUCAUCGUUGGUGUGUUCUAUGAGGGAAUGGCACGCAAAGUAUUUUGUGAGGCUUAUAAAAAGAAAUUGUAUGGUCCCAAGAUUGUGUGGUUUCUAAUUGGAUGGUACCCUGACAAUUGGUACGCAGAAUAUGAUCCGAAUAUCAACUGUACUGCAGAUGAACUGAAGAUUGCACUGGAGAAUCAUUUCACAACGGAAGGAAUGAUGCUCAGUCCUGACCCGACUCCUUCAAUAUCAGGCAUGAAUGCUGAAAUAUUUAAAGAACGUAUGGCAGUGGCCCUCCAUGGCAAAAAUCCAUCUGAUGUUACUGGUUACCCAGAAUCCCCUCUUAGCUAUGAUGCAGUAUGGGCCAUUGCAUUAGCUUUGAAUAAGACUUCAAACAGUCUAGCAGAACGGGGUCUAAGUCUUGAGAGCUAUACUUAUGGCAAUAAGCAAGUGGCUGAUGAGAUCUACUCUGCACUCAAUUCUUCAAGAUUUAAAGGACUUUCGGGUACUGUUGUAUUUUCCUCUACUGGUGAUCGACUGGCCACAAUGCAAAUUGAAAGAAUGAUCAAUGGAACGUACCAUAAAUUAGCUUAUUACGAUAUUGUUCAAGACAAUCUCACCUGGGUGAUGAAGGCCACUUGGCCAGGUGGGAAGAUUCCCAAAGAUGGAGUACAGGAGAUUAUUGAGUAUCAGUUAAUAAGCAAGAAGCUGUAUAUUCCAGUGUGUAUAUUGUGCAGCAUUAUUAUCAUCUUCGCAUUCAUUUUCCUCGUUUUCAACAUCCUUUUCAGCCACACUCAGUAUUUAGAAUGUUCCCAAGCAGGUGUUAACAACAUCAUGGUUCUAGGCUGUCUCCUGUGCUUAAUGUGUGUGUUUUUGUUUGGCUUGGAUGGGCAGUAUUUGGAGAACAGUAUGGUCCAACUUCCCAAGAUUUGCCAGAGUACUACCUGGUUACUUAGCAUUGGAUUUAGUCUUGGUUAUGGAGCCCUAUUUGGUAAGAUCUGGAUGGUCCACCAAUUGAUUACUAAGGAGAAGAAUGUUAAAGAUGACAAAACAAAGAGACGAAAAGUUAGCAUAGAGAUUGUUCCAACUUGGAAGAUUUACACAUUAAUUGGUGUGAAAGUUAUCCUGGACAUUGUUAUUCUGAUCAUUUGGCAAUCUAUAGACCCAUUAACAUUAAAGCCAAAGAGCUUCGGAACUAAGGACGAUAAAGAAAAAGAUGAAAAGAUCAAAGAAGUUCUAGAAAUGUGUGAAUCAAAUUCACUUAAAAUCUGGUUAGGUACAUUGUAUGCCAUCAAUGGACUUCUUUUACUUUUUGGAAUUUUUCUUGCGUAUGAAACUCGUAAUAUGGCUGUCAGAGAUAUCAAUGACUCCAAAUAUGUUGCCAUGGCAAUAUAUAAUGUUGUGGUACUUUGUAUAAUCACAGCUCCUGUGACAUCAAUUAUUAGGACGCAACCUAAUGCAGUGUUUGGCUUUGUCUCAUUCUCCAUCAUAAUAUGCUGUGCUAUAACACUGGGCAUCAUUUUUGUGCCAAAAAUACUUUACCUGAAUAAGAAUCCAUCAGGUGACUAUAACAAAGCAUACCUUCAACACCUUCCAAGCAAAGAAGAUACAGAAAAACAAAUAAAAUUAACAUCAGAGAAUGAAGGAAUCAAGAGACAGAUAGCAGAGAAAGAAGAGCAUAUACGACAUUUAACAGGUCUUAUUGAGCAAAAGGUGAAAAAAAGAUCCCUAGCUGAUGGUGAUGAUAAAACCACUGUUAAAUCUAAAUCUGGCAACCGGUUAGCACCGGGUAAAAUUUCACCAGGACAAAUCUCUUUUGAUGAUAGUGCUUUUGUAUCUACUUAUACAAACAGUGGGACUGUUGUUACCAACAUAGGAGUCAAAAUUAAUGCGCCUCAUGGAUCAGAUGAAGAGUUCUCAGAAACCUAUUUAUAAAACUCUGAUGUUGAAUUUCUCUUACUCUUAUUUUGGUACUUCAGGCCAUUGGCACAUAUUCUGAAUAUUAGCAAUGUACAAGGGUGUGUAUUAAUUACAUUUUUCAAACUGUGAUUGUAGUACAUUUUUUUAAAGAAUUAUUUAAUUUCAAGCAUUAUUUGAAGUAAACAACUGGUACUGUUGUUAUUGACAUCACUUAAGUUAGGCUCACAUUCAUUUAUUCUGUCCUUAGGACUUUGUAAUAUAUUAUAUAAUAGUAAUUUGUUCAAAAAUGAAAAUCAUGAAUUCACUAUAAGUCGCUAUUAUUAAAGCUAUUUAUACAAACCAUUCCAUUGCCGGUGGCAAAACACAGACAGCAUCAAAUUUGCCUCAUACAAUAUGUAUUUAUACAAACGUGUAUAUAAGAAAUUUAUUCAUUUCAUUCAUUCAGUUAUAUGGUGAAUAAUCAGUGUGACAUACUGUACUAUUGAAAAGAAUGACAAAAAGUGAAAUUGACAGUUAAUGUUUAAAGAAUAUGAACACGUACUGUAAAAAGUUGCAAAUUGGAACAUAUGAAAUGAAGACAAGAAAUAUUAAAGAAGACAUUUAACUGUUCAUUGACUUCAGACAACUGCUUGAUUAUAGUCUUGGAUGAUACUUGUAAAGUGGGUUUAGUAUGAUAUUUAUUCCAAUAAAUGCCCCAGGACAUUUAUUGGUUAGAAGGGUUUUUGAAGGGCAUUUGUUCAAGGGAGGCGUUUAUUAUGAAUAAUAAGUAAUUAUGAGUAAACAUCAUUUUUAAGUAAUAUAGCUUACAUAUCUGCCACCUUUGUUUAUACUUGUUGCUAUUUUAUUCAUUGAAUCAGUUCUUAAAGAUAAUUGUGGCAUGGGAAAAUGUAGGGCUGCCAUAGGUAAAUAUGCCAAGUAAUUGUGCUAUAGGUAAUCGAGCUAGAUAAAUAUGUCAUAGGUAAAUGUGCCAUAUGUAAAUUUCAAAUCAUUUGUGUUGUACGUAAGUGUGCUACUGUGUUAGCCAUAGGUAAAUAUUUGUAAAUAAUUAUGCCAUUCAUAAACGUGCAAUAGGUAAAUAUGUCAUAGUUUUUUUUUUAUACUAGGUAAAUUAUACUGUAGGUAAUUGUGCCGUAUAUCGUAGAUAUAUGGCACUGGUUCAAUUGCAAAUGUUUAAUAUUGUAUAUCGCUAUUGGUGGAAAAACAAAGAAAGAAGAUGUAGUUUGCACAAAUCUGAUAAAUUGAUGUUAAAUCUUUUGAAUGAAGCACCUAAAUUGUAUUAUAGACUUGAUGACUACUUUGUAUUACCUAACAUGAUACGUUAUUAUAUUUUACAUAUGGCAUAUUUAUUGUACCUGUGACAAAUUACCAAACAAAACCCCCAAAACAUGGUUGUUAUUGAAUUUAUUUUGCAUUGGAGGCUCAACACCAGUGUAGGCUGAUAGAUAAUAAGAAUACAGUAUUCAUGUCCCUUAAUUCAUGACCUGUAAUAUAUGUUAAUUUUCUACUUCAUAGGGUUUUCUAAAAACAAAAUAUUACAUAUUGAACGUGAGAUUACUUUAUCUGCAAGGAAAUAGCAAAGAUUUUUCUGAAAGUAGUUUCAAGUUGAUGUAAUAUAAAAUAGAUGAGUAAUCUGAACAUUCCUUUGAAUUAUAAUCUUAGUGUAUACAAAAUUGUUUAGAAUGUAUAUCUUUACUGGUUGAUUCAAUUGGAUGUUGUAAGUUGUCCAAUAUUGUAUGAUAUUUUCAUAUUUCUGUAGAUGCUACAAUGAUGGUUAGUACCUGUUGGUGCCAUGAUACGUACAUUAGCCAUGUUCAGACGGCCUUCUGACUAAAGUAAUUUUACAACAGACGUACAAAUACGCACACAUGUUGCUUCAGAUGAUGGUCCCACCAAGGACAUAAUGUGCGUUUUCAUUUCAAGCUAAUAGAAUUAACUAUGCAAAUAUUCCAGAAGGGAUAAGCACCACUUUUGUUGUUUUACAGUGGUGGUUUCGCACAAAUUCUCAUAAUUAUAAAAAAAAAAAACCCAUCAUGGCUACACAUUUUCAUAUAUCGCACAAAAUACUGUUUUGUAGAAAAUCAUCUUUCAAAAAAAUUCUAGUGAGGUCAUAAUAAUAAAGGUUUUGAAGUAGUGCAUCUACAUAAAUAAAGGUUGUCUUUACUUGCAAACUCUGAAGUAGUGCAUCUACUCUGUGCUCUGAGCAUGUAUUCCUUACGUUUCUUGUGUACGCGGAAGUAGAACACUUACUCCUGCAAUUCUGAAGUAACUUUAUGAAGAGUUUUUAUUGGCAUUGCUGAGGGCUUCCGACAAGUAAACUGCUAUACCAGAGCUUAUUUCUAUCUCGUCUGAACUUGCCUAAUGUAAUGGUUAUGCCAUGAUACCAUGAUGGUUAGAAACUGUUACUGCUUUCAACUGUACAUAUAAUGGUCAAGUACUGUUGGAGAGUAACUUAUUUUUACAAUCCAUUAAUUUAAUGAUUAUUGUGAUAUGUAGGCCUAAUCUGAUCAUCUAUGGAUGUAGUAUUUAUAGUGAAGAUUAUAAAACAGAUGAUAUAGGCUGAAGAAGUGAAUAGCAUUUAUAAUAAAGGGAACAGAUAACAAAACAGAAAUGUAAAAUUAAUGUUCGCAUACAGUAUUUAUUUUAAAUUUAAAUAUAAUAGAAUAAUAUUGUAAUUAUUGUAAUUAAGAAGUAGCAAAAACUUCUCUUUUUUACUUCAGGAUUGUUAAGUUAUCAUUAUUGCAAAAUUGUAAUUGGUGCUCUUGUUAGCACAAACUUGGAACUAUAUGGCAUACUGGCAAUAAAGACUAUUGUUGUGUAUAAUCAGUUC